UCAGCGACGCAACGAGCCUCUUCGCCGCGAGCUCGAGUGGGCCACCAUCGCGCGCGAGAUUGCGCUCAUGAACAAGCCCUACUCGGCAAGAUAAACGCCCACCUAUCCUCCACACAUGAUAUUUACAGGAACACGAUUUACGACAGUAUGACUCGGUAAUAUAACGACCCGGAACCAGAUCUAUCAGCCAGGAUACGAAUGCCUCUGUUUACGACAUGGGAUGAGCUGUCUACGGCGUUUGGAUCUGGCUCCGUUGAAUUCAUGGGUGGCUACCUGUCGGGUUCAAAACCUACGGAUGGGAUCUUCGGGCUUGUUUGUGUGUUUUCGAUUUAAGCAUCUGUUUCUUGUUUUCUCUGCUUUGAUGCUGGUCGCCUUUCCGUAUUUGCUGUGUUUCGGACGCGUGGCAACCGUGGGGCGGUGGCCGUUUUGCGUCCCUUCUUCUGGAUGUCGACCGGGUCCGGAUUUCGAUGGGGAAAUCAGCUGGGGACAUCUGUUUCCUUUCUUUCAAGAUUUGUAUUACUUCUGGAGUUACAGCUCUGGCCUCCAUCCGGAGUGCUUCGAAUUCAAGGAACAGGACUCGACGGCAGUGGCGGUGGAGACACAUACGUGGUAUAUAUGCAAUGCGGGCGUAAGGCCUUUUGACUGUCUUGGUCUUGGUGUUCUUAGAAGUGACGGUCAGCGCUCGACUAGUCUUGUCCUUUCACGAGAGCGAAGGAAGAUCACUCAAAGCGUCGGUAGGAUGUGUUUGAGCUGUUCAACACUUUGUUCCUGCAGUUCGUCUUGCCUCGGAGUUUUUAUUCUUCGAACUUCCAUAUACGCAUUUGGUCAUGCCUACUAUUGAUCAAACACGACUGCGAAAGGCGAGAAGCCAAGUACAAGUAGCAAGCAAUAGACGCCCUUGGCGAGAUGAUGUCCCACUAGCAAAGUAAGCUUAAAGGCGUGGGGUAUAUGUAGUGACUAGUAAGCAGUAACC